GACCACAGGUCUCUACAGAAGACUGCACAUAGAAUUAGAUGCAGAGUGAAAAUAGCCCUACAAGGCGAUUUUAUUCAGCAAUUGACAAAAGCUAGUUUAAAUCACACGCAAUGGGUAUCCGAGGUUUAACGUCGUUUGUAAAGAAUUACGGAAAUCAAUGUGAGCAAAACUAUGAACUGCGAAGUACGUACUUGGUCAUCGACGGUAACAACGUGAGUUAUCAAAUAUUUAACAGAUGUGUUGAUCAAAGUUGUAUAUUUGGUGGAGAAUACAAUGUAUAUGAGCAGGCUAUAUCCAAAUUCUUUGAUAAGUUGCUAGAGUGUGAUGUGACACCGUUAGUAUUACUAGACGGAGCAUACGAUAUUUCAAAAACAGACAUCAUAUUGGACAGACUCAAACAAAAGUUUGAAAAUUCGUUAGCUUUGAUUGCAAAUCCAACGAAACGUAAUGUUCCUUCUUUGCUCAUACCAAACGUUUUCGUGCAAGUUUUAAGAAAGAAAAAUAUUCGUCAUGCACGUUGUAUGUUCGAAGCUGACGGGCCUAUAGCUGCGGUAGCAAAAGUAUUAAACUGUCCUGUACUUAGUUUUGACUCUGACUUUUAUAUACACGGAACAUUGUAUAUACCAUUUGACACACUCGGUGAUCAUGUAGUCAGGACUCGAAGCGGCAAAGCGAUGCGUUGUCAAAUUUACAGAUAUGAAUACUUCCUACUGACGUUACAAUAA